AUGAAUAGAACUAGUGAAGCUCGGGAUGCAAUCAGAGCAUUCCAGCAACAUUCAGGGGAACCGUUCCAUGAGGCGUUCACAAGGUUUAAGGAGUUGCUUAGGAAAUGCCCACAUCAUGAAAUUCAGACAUGGGAAUUAAUUAAGGCGUUUUAUGAUGGGCUACUUCCUGAUCAUGUAAGAGAUCUUAUAGCCAUUAGCAAUGGUACGUUUAUCACAAAUACAGAAGUUGUGGAUUGGGCAUAUUUGGAGAGACAAAGUGCCACUUCGAAGAGACAGGCACAAUCUAGCAGGAGGGCAAAAUCGAGUUCAGCAAAGUCGGUUGAUUAUGAAGCUGAGGAGCGGGUCGAGAAGUUGAGGCACCAAAACUUAUUGCUUGAACGACAAGUGGCUCAGAUGAAGUUGGGAAAGGGAGCCGAAGUUAAACCCGCCCAUACAUUUUCGGUGUAUACUGAGUGUGGAGAGUUAGGGCAUCAAGUUGGAGAAUGUGCUGUACUGGGUGGUCAGACUGAUGAAGUGAAUCAAAUCUAUGGUGAACGAAAGCAAUAUGAUAUGAAAUCGAAUACAUAUCAUCCAGGUUUGCGAAACCACCCCAAUUUUAGUUACGGUAAUUUUGCUAAUCAAAUGAACCCUAAUUUCCAGGUACCCAUGCAAGGAGGCCAGCAGUAUCAGAGUCGUCAAGAUAAUUACUCGCAAGGUAAUUACCAAAAUCAGGGUCCAUAUAAUCAGGGUACCCAGCAAGGGAACUCCUCAAGUGCUAGUGGUGGAACGAGUGAUGACAAAUUGGAUGCUAUUAUGAAGUUCAUGAAGGACGUCCAGAAGGAUAAUGAAGUUCGGGACAAAACUUCCGAAGCAAUGCAAAAGCAGCUGGGGCAGUUAGCAGAGGAUCUAGCUCAGUUGAGAAGAGAUCCAGGUAAGUUGCCAAGCACUACCACAGUUAACCCAGCACAUCAGUCAUCUAGCACGAAAAAUGGAAGAAAUGUGCACAUCAACGCAGUAAGUAUUUUUCCAAAUUCUGAAAUUGGUAGUGUCACAAUUACUCCACCAUCACAAUUAGUUGAGGAGGUGGUGGAGGAUGUUGGUAAUGGAUCGGACUCUCAACAUGAUCGGGACCCACCAAGGGAUGAAAGGUGGGAAAGUUUUAAACAAGCUAAAAUUAAUCUACCCUUACUUGAUGCGAUUAAAGAGAGUCCCGAUCAGGUUGAAUGUCUCAAAGAGUUAAGUACCCAAAAACGACUUCACAAGUUUCCUAAAAAACUUGAUUUGACUGCAAAUGUGAAUGUCGUUUUGUUGGGUACCCUUCCCCCGAAACUCCAAGAUCCAGGAGCACCCAUUAUUUCAGUGCAAGUGGUCAACACCACCGUGGUGUUGGCUGAUCAGACUCCCAUGUGUCCGAGGGGGAUUGUAAGAGAUGUAAUUGUGAAGGUAGAAGAGUGUUACUACCCAGUUGACUUCUUAGUGCUUGAUUGUGCCACAAGUUCAAAGAAUACGCACCCUCCAGUCAUUCUGGGUAGACCGUUCUUAGCGACUGCUCAUGCCAUUAUCAAUUGUGUUGAUGGAACGGUAAGUAUGAGGUUUGGUGACCGUGAAUUGCGGUUAAAUGUGUUUUCGGAUGCGACUAAUCCUCCAAUUUCAGGUGAACACUCAAAAGCUGAAAAUGGUGAAGAAAUUGUCUCUCCUGCAAAGGAGAUUCAAACCAAACAUGAGUGUUUUAUGGUUUACAGGUUUGAAGUGGCAGGAAGCGAAGCAGUAAGGAAAAAGGAAGGUGUGGCGCAUGAGGAGUUUAAAACUGACAAAGGGAAGCCACGAGGGAAGAAGAAGAAAAAGAAACCGCCUGAAUGUGAUAAUGCAAAACGGAGGUUAAAGUUAUUCGGUCCAAUGUGGAAGACAACGGAUGACUUACUGGAGCAUUGGCGUAGUACAUACGUAGAGGCCAUGGGACGCAAACAUCCCACUCGACCACCAUGA